AUGGCAACCUCCAUCUACAUUGAUGAGGAUGUCGGCCUUGACGGCGCCGCCGCCGCUGGCACCGAAACUGCCCCAUACAAGACUCUCUUGCACGCCUUCAUCCAGCACCCUCCCACCAAGGACAUCCAAUACCUCACCCGCAAGUCUCAGACUGAUGCUGCUGGUGAGGAUGUGGACCCAGCUGCCAAACUGGAAUGGAAACCCGCCACCAAGUCCGCCACAAAGAAGGCCACCAAUUUGUAUGAACAGCACAAGAAGAAGGCCGCAAAGGAGCAGGAUCUCGCCAUCCGUGAGAAGGCAGACUUUGACAGACGCCAGAAGUUCCUGGAAGAAGCCAAGAAGGUCAUCAUUAAGGAGGAUGCUUCUCUGCCCAAGCCCGUGCGCAUUCGCCUGGAUGUCACCGACCCCGCCAUCGUCAAGCUGCGCACACCCGAAUCCGAUGAACCAGGCACCCGAGUCCGUGUGUUGGGUCGCGUCCACCGCAUGCGCGCGCAAAAGGGGGUUGUUUUCAUCACCAUGGCCGACGGCUACGGCUAUCUGCAGUGCAUCUUGACAGGCGACAUGGUCAAGACUUACGAUAUCAUGACUCUUACUCUGGAGACUUCCCUCUCCAUUCACGGUGAGAUGCGCGCCGUUCCCGAGGGUGCCCACGCUCCCAACAACCGCGAGCUUCACGCCGACUUCUUCACCGUCAUCGGCCGUGCUGCCGGUGACAAGGAGGCCAUUACCACCCGCGUGGCAAAGGACGCUGACCCUCAAACUCUCCUCGAUAACCGUCACCUCGUACUGCGCGGUGAGACCUCCUCAAAAGUGAUAAAGGUGCGUGCCGCCACUCUACGUGCCUUCCGCAAGUCUUACGAGGAGAACCGCAUGCUGGAGGUGACCCCGCCCGCCAUGGUGCAGACCCAGGUCGAGGGAGGCAGCACCCUCUUCGGCUUCGACUACUACGGCGAAAAGGCCUACUUGACUCAGUCGUCCCAGCUCUAUCUGGAGACUUGUCUCCCAUCGAUGGGUGACGUGUUCUGCGUGUGCCCAUCGUUCCGUGCCGAGAAGUCGCUCACCCGCCGCCACUUGUCCGAGUACACUCACAUCGAGGCCGAGCUGGACUUUAUCGCCUUCGACGAUCUGCUUGAUCACCUCGAGAACAUGAUCUGUCGCGUUAUCGACCUCGUUCUGGCCGAGCCCGAGAUUGCUGAGUACAUCAAGUCGCUCAACCCCAACUUUAAGAUCCCCACGCGUCCUUUCCGUCGCAUGAAGUACUCCGAUGCCGUAACAUGGCUGGUGGAGCACCAGAUCCCCAACGAGGAGGGUGAGCCUCACAAGUUUGGUGAUGAUAUCGCCGAAGCUGCCGAGCGCAAGAUGACCGACAUCAUCAACGAACCCAUCUUCCUUACCCACUUCCCCGCCGAGAUCAAGGCAUUCUACAUGAAGAAGGACCCUGAGGACCGCCGUGUCACUGAGAGUGUUGAUGUGCUCAUGCCAGGCGUUGGUGAGAUUGUUGGCGGUAGUAUGAGAAUGGAUGACUGGGAGGAGUUGAUGGCUGCCUACAAGCACGAGGGCAUGGACCCCAAGCCCUACUACUGGUACACUGACCAGCGCAAGUACGGUACCUCCCCUCACGGAGGCUACGGAUUUGGUUUGGAGCGUUUCCUGGCCUGGCUGUGUGAGCGUCACACUGUCCGAGAGUGCACACUGUACCCUCGCUUCACCGGCCGAUGCACUCCGUAA